GUUAUAUGGCUCCGAUUCGUCCCGCAUAACAUGUUGACUUCGAGCGGAGUAUUAUGCACGCUAUUGUCUAUGCAAUGGCGGUUGGUAUUUAUGCGGACCGAAUCUAUAAAAAGGACAUUCAACCAGGCAUACUUCGAUAAUUUGUUUCAAGAAGAAAACUUUCUUUCUACCAAAUUUAUAUCGCAUUCAUACAAUGGGUCAAAAAAUCAAAGCAAUCGGAUUAGUGAAGCCUGGUAAUGUCUCCGUCCUCCAAGCCAUGGAGAUUGAAGUCCCCACUCUUGCUCCUAACGACAUCAAGGUUCGCAUCAAAGCUGUUUCCGUUAACCCAAUUGAUACAAAGACUCGCGACGGAGGAUGGCCACUUUCCUCGGAUCUGCCUUGGGUCCUUGGGUUCGAUGCAUCAGGUGUGGUUGAAGCUGUCGGUGCUGAAGCCAAACGUUUCAAAGUAGGAGACGAGGUCAUGUUUGCAGGUAGUCAUACCAGAAACGGGACCAAUUCAGAGGUCACGGUGGUCGAUGAAAGAAUCGUAGGCAAGAAGCCCAAGUCGCUGUCUCACACUCAUGCCUCAGCUUUACCGUUGGUUGGUUUGACAGCAUGGGAAGCUCUGACCGAAAAAUUGGGUAUUCCCGAGAAUAACGAGGCAAAGGAUUUGACACUGUUGAUCGUCAACGGUGCAGGCGGAGUAGGAUCAUUUGCAACGCAACUUGCAAGAAACAUUCUAAAUGUUAAGAACGUCAUUGUGACAGCCAGUCGACCUGAGACCAUUGAAUGGUGCAAGAACCAGGGAGCAACUCACAUUAUCAAUCACAGAAAACCCUUGAAGGAACAGAUCGACGCACUUGGUCUCACUGUCGAUUGCGCUUUUCUCUGCUUUGACACCAAUGGUUACCUUCCGAUUUUGUCCGAGGUCGUGAGACCCUUUGGCCAGAUCGUAUCCAUAGUGGAAGUCCAUGAGCCUAUUAACUUUGGAGAAGCUUUGUUUAAGGCUCAAACCUUCCACUGGGAACUCAUGUUUGUCAAGCCUGCAACCAACUACGAUGUCUUGUCGCAAGGUCUUAUCUUGGACAAAAUCGCUGACCUUAUUGACAACGGUACCCUUAAACGCCUUGAUACGAAAACGUAUGACGACCUAUCAGUUGCCAACUUGAGAGAAGCCCAUGAGACUUUGGAAAAUGGUAAAUCCAUCGGAAAGAUCGUACUCACUGUCACCGACAGUUCUUUCCAGUAGUAUAGCCACAUCUUGCACAAUAAAAUAUGAAAUUCUUUGCAGUAUAU